AAAAAUGUGAAAUACAUUUACAAUGCAACUUAAAAAUAAACAUUUUACGUGGAGCAUUAUUGUGAUCUCCUAUAAAUAUGGCAAAGAUUGCGGGAAGAUUCAUUAUAUUCAUUCGGAUCUUUCAAAACAGAUUGCGCAAUGAUGCUGGCACGUGCCACCGUUUAUGGGAUUGUACUAUUCUGCCUUCUGUGGAUUGAGGAAACUCGGGCUGGAUCAAGCUUUCUGAGUCCGGCCGAUAUGCAGAAAAACUCGGGCAAGAGGCCACCCAAAAAGAUGGUCCACAGCAAUGUACAUCGCAGGGAAGUUGGGGACACAUGGGAUAGCCCCCUGGAUCAGCUCAUUGAGAACCCGAUGGAAAUUGGGUUUAAAUUUCCUCUGGAUAUCAACUUGAAAAUGACUGAAGAGCAAUUCCAACAGCAUAAAGCGGCUAUCCAGGAGAUACUCUUUGAGGUUCUAUCUCUCAGCACUUCUCAAGAUACAGAAGAAAGAAAUGAAUAAUUGCACAUCAAUGCUGAAUCCUCCUGCUUGCACUCUUCCCUGUGUUUGUUUCCAGAUUAAAGAUACUCGUGUGUUUCCUUUUGUGCUAAUCGUGUACUUUUAAAAUAAAGCUAAUGUUUAGA